AUGGCAUCCUUAUCCCUCUCAUCUCCUCCAUCUCUAUCCUCUCCCUUCCACAAUGCCUCCACGCGCCUUAACCUACGCACACCUCCCCCCCUUAAACUACGCACCCGUUACUCUCCUCUCUCCGUCAAAGCCAUAACCCUAACCCAAGACGAUCUCAAAAAACUCGCCGCCGAUAAAGCCGUCGAGUAUGUCAAAAGCGGCAUGGUCCUCGGUCUAGGUACCGGCUCCACCGCCGCCUUCGUCGUCUCCAAACUCGGCGACCUUAUCAAAUCCGGCGAACUCACCAACAUCAUCGGCGUUCCCACCUCCAAACGCACGGAAGAACAAGCACGAUCUCUCGGUAUUCCUCUCUCCGUCCUUGACGAUAAUCCUCGUCUCGAUCUCGCUAUCGACGGUGCAGACGAAGUCGAUCCUUACCUCAACCUCGUCAAAGGCCGCGGCGGAGCUCUCCUCCGUGAAAAAAUUGUGGAGGCUGCUUCAGAUAAAUUUGUCGUUGUCGUCGAUGAUACGAAACUGGUUUCCGGUUUAGGUGGAAGCGGAUUGGCUAUGCCGGUGGAGGUUGUUCAGUUUUGUUGGAAAUAUAAUUUGAUUAGGCUUCAGGAAUUGUUCAAAGAAGAAGGUGUGGAUGCGAAACUGAGAGUGGAUGAGAGUGGAAAACCGUAUGUUACUGAUAAUUCUAAUUACAUUGUUGAUUUGUAUUUUAAGACUCCGAUUAGAGAUGCGAACGCCGCCGGGACGGAGAUUUCGGCGCUUGAAGGUGUGGUGGAGCAUGGGUUGUUCUUGAAUAUGGCUACCUCCGUCAUCAUUGCCGGAAAAACUGGUGUUGAAGUUAAAGACAAGUGA